AUGUCUCGUUGUCCGGGAUUACAACAUAUCCCUUGCUUAUCAUUGUGUUAUAUGCCACAAGAUAAUACCGCGGCUUCAGAAUAUCCCUCCUCAUCAGCCCCUCUCCUCAUAGCAAGCCCAUUCAAUUCACCAGACAAUAUAUGCGCCCAAUUGAACGGUUCAGCUCCCCGAUUGAAGAUAGUUUAA